AAAGUUUUUGUUUAUGUGUGUUAAGAUUUUUUAAAAGUAGUCGUUUGUGAUCGGGAUAUUUUGGAACAUGAAUGUAAACAAUAGUUUCAAGAUCAAACUGUUGAGGAUUCUGGUAAAUUGUUGGCGCGUGAAUGGCGUAAAUAGUGAGGGUCUGUUUUUCAAAAGCACAAUUUUGCUGUGCAGCGACUGUAAAAUUUUAUUGAUGUCAUUAAAGUUAUUUUUUAACCAGUAUCUAUGGAGCAAAUUGUGCGAAAUUAGUUUUGCAUUACGCCGUACUUGGCUUGGUCAUAUUGAUUAUUUACACACGAUUCUCUUCCAUAAAUCGUCACUGCGCCACUUUAGUAGUCAGAUCACCAUUAACGUUGUCAUUAUUAUCAUUUUUCUGAAUAUAAACCGCAAAGUAUUUCACACAUUACCGUCGUUUUAUUGAAUGGGUGUAGGAAGAGAUCCUGUAUAUUUCCUGUGGUUGGAGAAGGACACCAACAAACUGCAGUAAACCCCGUGUUGGAUCAUAACAGUCUGAUUCAUAAUUUCAAGAUAAGCAUUCAGUUUCCAUGAUGUCAUCACAUAAUGGAAGUGCCCAACUAUCUCCAGUCUUGUUCCUGGACUUGCAAGGUGAACCAAUGCGCUUCUUCCUGCGUCCAGGUGUCAGCAAAGCUGAGCUCCAGCCUAUCAUCAAAGCGGGUGGGGGUGUGGUAUGCAAAGUGCAGGAGCCCGGGGCCAUUCUGCUGCUAGACCCAGAGCAGGUGGCCAAAGUCCCGGCCAUGUUAGCAAACUGCUACAUCUCCACGAAGUAUAUAAGGGACUGUGUGGAGAAGAACCAGCAGCUGGACAUGGAAGACUACAAGUUAAACAACGGCGGGGCACAAGCACGACCAGUGAAACGCAAGCAGGAGAGGGGGCGUAUGGGCUACACACCGGAGGAUGACGCUGUGAUCCUGUCUUACAUAAGCAAGCACAUGCAAGAGGCCCGGGGCAAUGUCGUGUGGAGGGAGAUGGAACGGCUGCGUGUUACUGAUCACAGCUGGCAGUCUAUGAAGGAUCGCUACCGGAAACACCUGUGCCUGCAGUCGAAUUCACCAAAGAUGACCUCCCUUUGGUCCCCACCCGAUAGAAAACCCUCACCAGACAGGACACAUCUGAAGACCUCGCCUGAGGAGACGUCUCUCCCACCUGUGAUCGAAAAGACCCAAAUACGCACCCCACCUGGACAAGAGCCCCAGGCAUGUUCAUCGAAGAAAAGGCACGCAGAAACGUCACCCGAAAAAGAUGCUCGACUCGUGCCAGAAAGUUCCCCUGGUCAGUCUGUGAAACACGUCAUGCAUCCACAGGCCUCAUCUGAGGCUGCCCACGCACAGUCUCCAGUUAGAAAAAAGCACAGAGAAAGUUCUCCCGAGAGUGGCUGCCUAGACACCUUGGUGGAGGAGGAUGGUGUAUUACGGAAGGACACAGAUGCACUUGCAGAGAGGCAGGUGGUGGUACAACAGAGCUCUGAAACGAACAGAAACCCAGUAAAUCCAGGGAGGAAUGGGGAGGUAGUGAUGAAAAACAGGCGGACUGUUACUCCUGUGAAAGGGAAACUGGGCAUCCUGGAGAUGGCAAUAAUGGAAUUUGAAGAAGACGAUGAAACUGAUGAGGAGAUACUAGACCUGUCACUAAGCAAGAGACCUCAGGCUGACCCAGAAGCUUCUGCUUGUGAGCAUGACCUGGACGUGAACACAUCCCGGGAGAUCCUGGAUGACCACACCAACAGAAAGGCCCAGAUAGAACUACAGCCAGGGAAAUCAGGGCCUCAGGAUCACAGAAGCAAUGGCGCAGUAAAGAAGAACAUUCCUGCAGCUUCAAAUGUCCACACUUUCCUGUUUGAAUCUCAGGAGGAGCUGACCAAUGAUGUCGCUUUCUCCCAGGCACAGCUGGAGGAAGCAAAACACCUGUUACGUACCUUGAUGAGAGAGUCAAAGCAGGACCUAUGUAGCGUUACCAAAGCCCUGCUGAAAAACAGUGGUGAAGUGCAAGUUGCCCUGAGAUAUUUGCUAGCAGGUGAUAAGGGGAGGACCGAAGGACCUUUUUGGACUCGGCAUGAUGACAAUCUCCUCCUUUCAGCCCAUCCGUCCCAGCACAAUCUUCACUUGAAAUAUGGGGAGGAAGGAAUGGCCAAGAGGAUUGCUUUCCUUGACACUGAAUGAAACAUGAUCACUGUGACAGGACUUUGCUGAGCAAAACAGCUGUUGGGCAAUAUCAGCUAUCCAACACGGCAAGUUUUAGUACUUUGGCGGGAAUGUUUGUCUUUUUCCUUUAAAAUUCUGCUACUCAGAAAAUUCUCUGGUGCUCCUUGAUUCCAGGAGCUGCUACCAGGUCUAUUAUUUUAAACAAGUUUUUACUUUCUUAUAUUUGUCGUCAUAGAUAUAGUGUAACUUGAAAUGAUUACAGUUGUACAUAAUGACACUUGUUGAGUACAGCAUCAUUAUAAAAAUUAUGUCAAAACAUUUGGUGAAUUUCUGUAUUUAUACAUACAACAGUCUACUUAGCAAUUGUAAUAAAUAGUAUUCUUGUAAACACAA